AAUCCUCACCAAAAAUGCAGCCCCAUGCUUAACUCCUGUGUACACACAGAGCGUAUGCUGUGGAAUAGUAAUAGUGUCGUAGUCAUUUACAAUUUUAUGAAUUUAUUUUUGAAACGUAAAAGGCAAAUUGUAGUACAGUAACAUAAAUAUAUCCCUCUACCAAUACACAACUAAGCUCGGGGCCCUGGGUCUGAACAUCACCCUGUGUAACUGGAGCCUGGACUUCCUGAUGGGCAGACCCCAGGUGGUGAAGGUAGGAAACAAGACCUCUGCUACGCUGAUCUUCAACACGGGUCCCACAAGGGUGUGUGCUCAGCACCCUCCUGUACUCCCCGUUCACCCAAGACUGCCAUGCACGUAUCCAACUCAAUUCAAGUUUGCAGAAGACAACUGUGGUAGGCCUGAUUUACCUACGAUGAGACACUUCCCUGUAGACAGGAAAAUAUCUUCAAUGUUGACCAAACGAAGGAGCUGAUCGUGGAUUUCAGGAGAUACUGUAGCAGAGGGAGCACACCCUCAUUGACAGGGCCGCAGUGGAGACGAAGUUCCUCAGCAUGCACAAAACAAGAAAUGGUCCAUCCCAACAGACACUGGCGAAGAAGGCGCAACAGUGCCUCUUCAAUCUCAGGAGGCUGAAGAAAUGUGCCUUGGCCCCGCAGAGACCGUACAGGUGCAUCAAAGCUGGGAUCGAGAGAUAGAAGCUGUUUUUUUUUUCAAUUUGCUCUAGCAGUUGUCUGUGCAGUUUGUCCUUCUGCUGUUUGAAAAUUUAGCCAAAAUAUCCGCAGAGUCGUGUUAAGAACCUUUUUGUUGUGUACCUUUUUUUAUUUUCAAUACUGACGCAAAAUCUAACUUAACACUUGCACAGUAUGGCCGAGCCUAAUUGAACCACAGCCCAAAUGGCUUUAACGUCCAGCUGAUUUGCGAGGAAACGAAAUUUGGUCAACUACUUUGGUUAUGUUCUGCUAUUGUGUACAUAUUGUGCAUCGUGCAAUAAGUCAAGAGAUUGAAAAUACAAGUGACAGAACCUACCGGCCCUCAAAAAGUAGGGGGAACAACACUUUCCUGAGGAUACCCUAUUUCCACCUACCACCAAAAGGACCAACAGCACGUACAACCGCUACCUCAAAUAUCAUUUUAUUCAACAUUCUGUCUUGUAGACUAUUGUAUCUUUUUUUUUACAGUGACUUCUUUCAGACUGAUAUCAUGGAGUAACCAUGGUAACAGUCUGAUGUUUAGGGAACUGCCCUAUGUACAUAGUCAUUGAAUACUGGUCAUUUUAAUAAUGUUUACAUAGCGUUUUACUCACUUAUGUAAAUACCGUAUUCUAGUCAAGGCUCAUCUUAGAUACACCUUCUCUAUACUGUCCAUAAUGUCUAUACACACAAUUUAUAUAGGCUACAGAUAUUUAUAUUCCGGACUCUGACAUUGCUCUUUUUAAUAUUAAUAUAUUUCUUCAUAUUUUUGGGGAUUUGUGUGUAUUGUUUGGUAUUACUGCACUGUUGGAGCUAGGAACACAAGCGUUUCCGAUUAACAUCUGCAAAAUAUGUGUAACCGGCCAAUAGUAUUUUAUUUGAUACACACAUAGACAUCUAGCUGACUCUUUUACCCCCAACCACUUCACACACACGCUGAGAUUGAGAGAAAAUGUAACCCGCUCACCCACCCUAAUCUAAUUUGCAUACAGAAACUAACCUUUGUCCUCCAGUGAAUGCCCAGCUUCCGCUUGACAGGUAAAUCCCCUGACGACUCCAACUCCAGAGGACCUUUUUCAUGAAAAUACAAAAUAAAGACGUAGGCCUGUCUGUUAUCCUCUCAGAAAUAGCCUAUAUCUGGACAAAUAUACUGCAACAGUAUGUGUGCUUUCGAUGAGGAGAAGGGUCCGGGGUGGCUGAUGAAGAAGGGGUUUACUCUGAUCCUAGUGGGCCACAUCAACUUCAUCCUGGGAGCCAUCGUUCACGGUAGCGUCUUGCGUCACAUCUCCAAACCCAACGACCAGAUCACCACCGAGUUCACCGCAGCCAACAUCAUCUCUGUCACUUCUGGACUGCUGAGCAUUGCAACAGGAAUCAUUGCCAUAUUGGUGUCAAGAAAUCUGCCAGUUUGGAAACUGCACAUAGGUCUUCUGAUUAGUUCCUUCCUGAAUGCCCUACUCUCUGCGGCCUGCGGCGUUGGGCUCCUAUUGGCUAUUAGCCUCACAAUUACCAAUGAGGGGCGGGGCCUCAUGAUGGGCUGCAACUUCACUGACCAGCCAAUCAACGCCCGCUCGCCAGUCAACGCGGACUGCCCCUUCGACGACACACGGAUAUAUGACACUACCCUGUCUCUGUGGUUCCCAUGUGUUCUGCUAGCAGGACUGGAAACAGGACUGUCCAUCUGGUGCUUCAUAGUGGGACUGGUACUGAGGGGUCUAGGACCCUGCUCGCACGCAUACCUCAAAGAACAGCUGGAGGAAGAGGCUCUGACCAAUAGGGCAGCAGCAGAUCCAGAGUACUCACCCCAAGGCCAAAGCCUGAUUGGAUAGAGGACUGCCACAGUCAUGGAGUGAUGACUGAACCUCGUCCUCUUCAGAGAACCUCCCUGAUGCCACUCAUACCAAAGACUCCUCUCCCUCUCAGUGAGCGUCUAGACUGUAAGAUGACCAUGUCUCUGUAUUUGUUCACGUCUGCUGAGAAUGUCAACCCUCCCCUUGAUCCGCCAACAACAUUUCACAAAUGCCAAAUGACAAACGCCUUUAGUGUAGAGGUUAUUCAUGGGAUCAAUAUCCUCGUUAUAGUAUUCCGCUAUGAUCAUGGAAAUGAUUGUAUUUAAUCACAUUUGGCAUUUAUCAGGCCGUUAUGCCUAAAAAUCCUAGCUGCAUUUUAUUCUGAUUUAUGGGCAAUUCACAAUAUACUUUGUUUUACAAUUAAAGGUCAAAUGCACUGCAUUUCAAACAGUCAGCAAGAAUCUAAUGUAUUCGAGGCUUGUGAAGUUAUACCAAGGCUAAAUAUAAGCCUUCCACAACCACAAGACCCGCUAAUAUUGUUUAACCUGCUUUUUGCAAUAAUCACUGAUCUGGCUUUGAAUAUGUCUAUGAAUAUGCCCUUUUUGUUACAGUUAACCCGAACCAUGCAUAAUGCACAUUCACUUAUAAUGACUAACUUCUUGUAGCAGGCAUUAUAGAAAAUUAACACUUGUCUCAUAAACAAUCUCUCAAGCACAAGCCCACUUGCUACUGAGUAACCAGCUGAUCUUUAUAUUUCAAGUUUAGCCAACUUGGAUCUAUUUGCUGACAAAGUAGAACAGUUUGUUCUACCUUGUUAUGAACACACCCUUCUGUCCAUCUCCUAACUUUUUGAACGGCAUGCUAGCCUGUCAGAUAUUGAAAUCAAGUGGUCUACCUUAUUUCUCAAAAUGAGAAUGAAUAUUACUGCACAUUUCUGAAACACAGACUAGACAGCUAAUAUAACAGUCUUUGGCUAAAAUGCUGCUAGAAGUACGUGGUACUGCAAUGCAGCGCAUGACAAACUGAGCAUUCAUUUUCCAAAAUUGAUACUCCUGUUUUAGUAGUCUGCUCUCGUGCAAUUUGAGGAGUUGAGACUUAAAAGGGUAACUUAUCCUCUAUUACAGUAAAAAAUACUAUCUCAAUGUCUUUCGGGGGUCCAUAUGACUGAUUCUGUUGGACCAAACCUCAAAUGCAAAUAGUGACUAGCAAGUUGAAGCCACUUGUCACAGAGUGAAUGAAGUGAUCUCUUGUCUUUGUUGUUGUGAGUGACUUGGUGUGUGUGUGUAAAUGUUAAGGUGCACAGUCACAGCAGAAGGAGCGAAGAAAACGAGACCAAAAAGGCAUGAAAACAAGCGGACAUAAAUGCUCAUAAAAACUAAAAAUAAACAUACUUUUUGCGAUACUGGCAAUUUGGAAUAUCGUGCAAAAACUCAUUUGAAUUAAUUCAAUAUAAUCGCCCGGCCCUGCUUGAUAUAUGUAGGAAUAUAGCAAUAGCCUGUCCGAGAAGGGCUCUGUGGUUCAAUAUCAACUGUCUUGAAUUGCAUCCUGUCCUAUCCCCCAGUUUUUUUUCCUGAUGGUGCAUAUGAAGGAAAGGAAACAGGGAGAGGAAACCACUUUAGAGUACUGAGACGCGUCCUAAGAGUUUGUUUCAGGCGUAGCUGGGGUGGGCUCACAUUCCCCAACACCAGGCAGAAGCGAUCAGCUCAGCGCUGAUGCGGUUAAUCUGGUGCUGGGUUAAAUCGAGCAUGGUGUAAUCUUUGCAUGCAAGGCUAAUCCCCCAAACUGAGGGGAAAAUCAAUAUUGACAUAAGGAGGUGACUGACACUAUAAAGCGGGUUACCUGUGUGUGCCCGGCUGAAGGUUGUCCCUCCAGGGCUGCUGUAUGUUGUUGAUACUACAGUAGUAAUACUACAAUGUGGUUUUGGAGUGAUAAAUUGAUGUAAGGCUACUCAUCAAGAUGAGCUGGAUUUCAGAGUUUAAACCCUGGUGGGUUGUCUGGAUUGUGCUCGGAAUGUGGUUCAUUAAUGUUUUGUGUAUAAGAGUUGGGUCAAUACCCUAUUUAUUCAGUAAAUGAAGUUAAUUUCAAUUCAGUUUUAAUAAUUUGUUUUUUAAGCAUGAGUGGAAUUUCAUUUCACCUCCUGAAAAACUGAAUUGAUCUACAUUUAAUGAUGUAAGGUUGAAGUCUGAAGUUUACAUAUACCUUAGCCAAAUGCAUUUAAACUCAGUUUUUCACAAUUCCUGACAUUUAAUCCUAGUAAAAAUUCCCUGUCUUAGGCCAGUUAGGAUCACCACUUUAUUUUAAGAAUGUGAAAUGUCAAAAUAAUAGUAGUGAGAAUGAAUUAUUUCAGCUUUUAUUUCUCAUCACAUUCCCAGUGGGUCAGAAGUUUUACAUACACUCAAUUAGUAUUUGGUAGCAUUGCCUUUAAAUAGUUCAACUUGGGUCAAACGUUUGGCGGUAGCCUUCCACAAGCUUCCCACAAUAAGUUGGGUGAAUUUUGGCCCAUUCCUCCUGACAGAGCUGGUGUAACUGAGUCAGGUUUGUAGGUCUCCUUGCUCGCACGGGCUUUUUCAGUUCUGCCCACAUUUUCUAUAGGAUUGAGGUCAGGUCUUUGUGAUGGCCACUAAUACCUCGACUUUGUUUUUCUUAAGCCAUUUUGCCACAACUUUGUAAGUAUGCUUGGGGUCAUUGUCCAUUUGGAGGACCCAUUUGCGACCAAGCUUUAACUUCCUGACUGAUGUCUUGAUGUUGCUUCAAUAUAUCCACAUAAUUUUCCUACCUCAUGAUGCCCUCUAUUUUGUGAAGUGCACCAGUCCCUCCUGCAGCAAAGCACCCCCACAACAUGAUGCUUCCAGCCCCGUGCUUCACGGUUGGGAUGGUAUUCUUCGGCUUGCAAGCCUCCCUCUUUUCCCUCCAAACAUAAUGAUGGUCAUUAUGACCAAACAGUUCUAUUUGUUUCAUCAGACCAGAGGACAUUUUUCUAAAAAGUAUGAUCUUUGUCCCCAUGUGCAGUUGCAAACCAUAGUCUGGCUUUUUAAUUAUGGUUUUGGAGCAGUGGCUUCUUUCUUGCUGAGUGGCCUUUCAGGUUUUUUUUUUUUUACCUUUAUUUUACUAGGCAAGUCAGUUAAGAACAAAUUCUUAUUUUCAAUGACGGCCUAGGAACAGUGGGUUAACUGCCUGUUCAGGGGCAGAACAACAUAUUUUGUACCUUGUCAGCUUGGGGAUUUGAACUUGCAACCUUUCGGUUACUAGUCCAAUGCUCUAACCACUAGGCUACGCUGCCACCCAGAAAUUGUUAGGUUAUGUCGAUAUAGGACUUGUUUUACUGUGGAUAUAGAUACUUUUCUACCUGUUUCCUCCAACAUCUUCACAAGGUCCUUUGCUAUUGUUCUGGGACUGAUUUGUGCUUUUCACACCAAAAUACAUUAAUCUCUAGGAGACAGAACGCGUCUCCUUCCUGAGCGGUAUGACGGCUGCUUGGUCUCAUGGUGUUUAUACUGGUGUACUAUUGUUUGUACAGAUGAACGUGGUACCUUCAGGCGUUUGGAAAUUGCUCCCAAGGAUGAACCAGACUUGUGGAGGUCUACAAUUUAUUUCUGAGGUCUUGGCUGAUUUCUAUUGAUUUUUCCAUGUCAAGCAAAGAGGCACUGAGUUUGAAGGUAGGCCUUGAAAUACAUCCACAGGUAAACCUCCAAUUGACUCAAAUGAUGUCAAUUAGCCUUUCAGAAGCUUCUAAAGCCAUGACAUCAUUUUCUGGAAUUUUCCAAGCUGUUUAAAGGCACAGUCAACUUAGUGUAUGUAAACUUCUAACACACUGAAAUUGUGAUACAGUGAAUCAUAAGUGAAAUAAUCUGUCUGUAAACAAUUGUUGGAAAAAAUACUAUUGUCAUGCACAAAGUAGAUGUCCUAACCAACUUGCCAAAACUAUAGUUUAACAAGAAAUUUGAGGAGUUGUUGAAAAACGAGAUUUAAUGACUCCAACCUAAGUGUAUGUAAGCUUCCGACUUCAACGGUAUGAUGGUUUUUGGUUGCCUGAGGAAUUUGUACCAGAAGUUGCAUCAGCUUUGUUUUUGUUGCUUUUAUGUCACACUGAUCAAUGUGCUCAAAGUUUUUAUAUAUAUUAAAUCUGCUUCAAAUGAA